AAACACAACUAUUAUAGGUUUGUUACCAGUACUGUCAAUACAGGAUUUUUACUUAAAAACUCUGUGGAAUAUCAUUUCCGAGGAAAUAACUAACUAACAUCAUGAAGACCAAGCAACGACGCAACAACCAAGAGCAGAAGAUCGCUGACGUUAUAGAGGAGACUGAGUUUGGGACAGGUGACGCUGGAUCCUCCACCACUGUUCCUCAGCAGUGUUCCGCACUCAGGAAAAAUGGAUACGUUGUGAUUAAGGAACACCCGUGCAAAAUAGUGGAAAUGUGCACUUCUAAAACUGGGAAACAUGGACAUGCCAAGGUGCACAUGACGGGGCUUGACAUUUUCACUCAGAAGAAGUACGAUGAUAUCUGCCCAUCUACACACAACAUGAGUGUCCCUAUCGUGAUCAGACUUGACCUUCAGGUGGUUGAUGUGAGCAGGGAUGAGGAUGGCUAUAUGUCCCUGAUGAACGAUAAUGGUGAACUGGCCUAUGUGAAAUCAUCACAAGGUGGUCUGGGAAAGGAAAUCAGGAAGAGGUUUGAAAACGACGAGAAUCUCUCUGUCACUGUUAUCAAAGCGAUGGGAGAGGAGGCGGUACAAAGCUUCAAGGUCAUUUCACCUUAGUAAGGGACAUACGUACCAGAGGAAACUGGAGUCCUAUAAACCAAACAGUCUCUAGCUUCUGUCACACUUAUCCGUGGAAUUGAACCACAUAUCUGAAAGGGCACAACAGCCCACAAGCAGAUAAACAGCACUAGGACUGAUCCAAGACGACAUCAGGUUUUGGAUAUUAUACCAGUCGCUGUUAUAACCCCAUGCCAUUGCAUAGAUAUUGUAUCCAAUACCAGCACCCUGUUGCCGAACAUAAUACAAUCAUCUUUGCCUGAAAUACGAUUUAGUUUUGAGUAAACAAAAUAACGGAAUUUCAGUCGAAUUCCCAUCGUAUAUUUUUAUCGUUCAAGAUGGACACUUUUCUUGUAUAACUCUUAACUAUAUAAGAGAAAAAACAAUGUGACAAGAUAUAUAACUCCUAUUUCUCUCUGUCUAAUAAACUUUCAGAAAUAUG